CACCACCACCAUGAAGCGGUUGGCCAUCUUCCUGGGCCUUUUCCUAGCCCUCUACUGUGUCCAGGCGCAAACAGAUGAAUUGGUUGACGGCAAACCUGCAUUCUGUUCCCUUGCCCCGGUGGAGGGAACAAGUGCAGAUGGGCAGUUCAUGAUCUACCUCCACUACGACGCUGUGAAGGACAAGUGCUACCCGUUCAAGUACUUAGGCAGUGGAGGCAAUGAAAACCGCUUUGUGUCUGAAAGGGACUGCAUCAAGAACUGCUCAUCCAGCGCUGCCACACUAUACCCCAGCCCAGAUGAAGAGGCCUGCCACCUACCCAAGACCUCGGGGGAAUGCUUUGGUCAGUAUCUGCGUUAUUACUACGAUGCCCAGCAUAAGAAAUGCAAGAAGUUCCUCUGGACGGGCUGUGCUGGCAACGGCAACCGCUUCCUGGACCAGCUGGCCUGCAACAGCACAUGCCAUGGCGUCGAAGAUCCAGAGACUGACCCCGAGGAGGACGAACCAGAUACCCCUGUGGGCCUAAUUUUGGGAGUGGUGUUUGGGAUCAUAGGAGCUGGCAUUCUCGUCGCUGUCAUUGUUCUGGCAAUGAAGACAAAACCUAGUGGGGGGAAGAAGAAGGGAGCGGAGAAGGGCACCAGAGCAGCAGCAGAAGUCGAGAGGACAGAGGCACCUCUUCAAGCCGAUGACAUCGAGAUGUCGUAGUUAGGCUCAAGUCCCUCUGGACGCCACUAGGACAUGGAUCAGAUGAGAGAGGGAUGAUGGGGUUUUGAGCUCUCAAUCUUCAUUAAAUGAUCAGGGGUGCAUUUCUCGAAACCAUAGAUACUAACUAUGUUAGCUACUUUGUUGUUUGCAAUGCAAUUUCCCAUUGACAACUACCCAAGUUGCUAACUGGCUAACAACUACGCUUUCGAGAAACGCACCCCAGAAGAGAGAGGGAUGAUGGGGUUUUAAACUCUCGGUCUUCACUAAAUACUGUACAUGCAGACUCGGCAGAUGCACAUGACGUUUGAUGAUGUUUAACAUUUUUUACAUCCACGUUCAAAUGGGCUGUGACUCUGCAGCAAACCGGUAUAGGAUUGGAAAGGAGUAGGUUUGUUCAGAUAGGCUACAGAUGAAGACUGAUACAGUACUGGACACACUAGAAUGGAGAACCGUUGUCUUGAUAAGGUUGAAUUGUGGUUUGAAUCUCUACUUGAAAUGUAAAACUAAGGAUUGAAGUGAAGCACAAUCAUUCAUCUGUGAAAAAAAAGACUGUUUUACCAUUUUUUAAGAGUUAGUGUGUUUUAAUUUAGUGUUUAGGAUUCAAUGUGUGAUAUUUUUUACAGUAACCUACAUGAGUUAAGCACUUGAAAGAUUUGUUCAGAACAAUUUUGACAUGUUGUGUGUUCACAUUCUUCCCAUAAAAUGACAACAAUGUAUUUUUUUUUUUCAUUAAA